AUGGAUUUAUCGGUGGUGGCCGUGUUACCUAGCUUCAGUGCAUGUCUUGAGUUCCAGGAGGAAGGGAUGAAUGCCAUCAACCUGCCACUGAGCCCCACCCAAUAUGAACUGGACCCAGAAGACACCCUGUUAGAGGAGAAUGAGGUCCGCACCAUGGUCGACCCCAACUCCAACAACGACAGCAAACUACAGGAACUCCAGAAGGUGCUGAUCGACUGUAUCAAUGAUAUGUUGGUAGGAGAGAGGAUCAUCGUGAAGGACCUGGCUGAAGAUCUAUACGACGGGCAGGUUCUGCAGAAACUCUUUGAGAACCUGGAGGGGGAGAAGCUGAACGUGGCUGAGGUGACCCAGUCGGAGAUCGCCCAGAAGCAGAAGCUACAGACGGUUCUGGACUCCAUCAAGAUCUCCGCCAGGAGCAUCAAAUGGAACGUGGACUCUGUACAUGCUAAGAGUAUAGUGGCCAUUCUUCACCUGUUGAUGGCGCUGUCUUAACACUUCAGAGUACCAAUCAGACUUCCUGACCACGUGUCCAUCCAAGUAGUGGUGGUUCAGGUACUGGAGGGAAUUUUUCAGUCCCGCCAGAUCCAGGAGGAGAUCACAGGCAAUACAGGGGCUUUAUCUGGGAGACAUGAGCGAGAUGCUUUCCAAGCCCUUUUUGACCCCACUCCAGAAAAGCUCAAUGUUGUAAAACAGACUCUCAUCACCUUUGUGAACAAACACUUGAACAAGCUCAAUCUGGAGGUGGCUGAACUGGACACACAGUUUGCUGACAGUGUUUACCUGGUUCUGCUGUUGGGACUGCUGGAGGGCUACUUUGUUCCGCUCUAUAAUUUCUUCCUGACAGAUGAGAACUUUGACCAAAAGGUGUACAACGUGUCCUUCUCCUUUGAGCUGAUGCAAGAUGAAGGUCUGGAGAGACCCAGGCCUGAAGAUAUUGUGAACUGUGACCUCAAGUCCACGCUGAUGGUGCUGUAUAAUCUCUUCACCAGAUACAGAAAUGUGGACUGAAUAUGUGGUGUUGUUGGCACUCAUUUUACUGGUAAAUAUUCAAUUGCAAUUUUCACAAUUGCAUGCUUCAAGGGAAGCUUUUUAAUUAUGCCAAGAGCACUACGAACCAAUCCAGGACAUGAAGCAUUUUUAUUAUGAAACAACAAUUUAGCAAUAGAUUGUACCAAAUAUUGUAUGUGCCAUAAUAAUAACUAUAAAUUGUAUGUGCCAUGUUUUACUUGUCUGCAACUACACUAAUGUCAUGUUCUGACCUUUAUUUCCUUUGUUUUGUAUUUAUUUAAUAUGGUCAGGGCGUGAGUUGGGUGGGCAGUCUAUGUUUGUUUUUCUAGGUUUUGGGUAUUUCUAUGUUUCGGCCUGGUAUGGUUCUCAAUCAGAGGCAGGUGUCAUUAGUUGUCUCUGAUUGAGAAUCAUACUUAGGUAGCCUGGGUUUCACUGUGUGUUUGUGGGUGAUUGUUCCUGUCUCUGUGUUUUGCACCAGAUAGGGCUGUUUUUGGUUUUCCACGUUUAUUGUUUUGUAGUGUUUAUGUUUGUAGUGUUUAUGUUUAUCUGUUUUUAUUAAACAUGAAUCA